CUAACUGUUUGUGGGCAUCCACUGGCACCUUAUGAACAGUGUCAUGGCCUGUUUCUGUUUCUCAAAUAACCUGCAACUGCAACUCAUGAUUGACAUGGCUGGGUUUGUGUGUUUGUGAUUGUCAUUCUUGUUAUGAUCUAUGUAUUUUUAUGUCUGUGUUUCCUGUCUUCAUGGCAAGAUCCUAGUGUGAUGAACCGUAAAAGGGAAAAGGUGAAAUUUACAUGGCUACAUAAAGCUGUGGACUCCCCCAGAAAGCUCAUGAAGAACAAUAUGGGUGUGGCACGGCCCACGUGCUGGGAUGGAGAUGGCCAGAAUGAUGGUGGUAUGAGUGAUGUUGGCUCCCCUGGCCUGAACACAUCCACUGGUUCGGCUGGGCUGGGUGAAAUGGAAAACAUGUACCUCAACACUCCUCAUAAAGAAAAGUCAAGUUCUUCACAGGCUCAGGUCACACCCAAAGCGCACUUAAAGUUCACUGGGCACCACAGAGCAUUGCAGAAAAUAACCAGUCCUGGUGAGGACACACAAACCCCUGUUGGAUCUUCACCUCCUUCUGCUGGGAGGAAACGCAGGAGUUCAGAUGAGGGGUUAAAAGUAAUUUACCUCAAAGCGCUGAAUGCUGUGAUAGGGAAUGCAGACACGAAUUCACACUCUGGUGGGCCAAAAACACACUCUGCAAGGAAAACUCUCGACAUACCUGUGAAGGCAAAGGAAGAAACAAACUCACCAACUGGCCAAAACCGCUCUGACGAGAACUGCUGUACAUUCAGUGAGAAGAAUGAAGCACUUCCUCUGAUCAAGAUGAAGGACAAUAGGCCCCCACUGCUGGAGUUCAUAGGCACGGAAGACGAUGAGAUGAAAAUAAUGUUGGACACCAGGAGUGUGAUCCUAAAGAGAACUGAAUCACCUGAUUGGUCAGAUGUCGAGGACUCCGAGCAAGUUGAGGUUUUCUCACAGGAUGAGUCCUUGGAGUCCAAGACCCAACAAAAGAUGGAGUACAAGAGGGAUUUUGAGCUUGUGGACAUCAUUGAUAUGCCCCCACCAUUGGAAUACAUAUCGUACUCAUCAACACCUUUCAUGUCUCCAAAACUCUGGAACUCGGAAUCUAGGAACCCCCAAGAUAGAGGGCCUGACUCUACCCCGACCAUCCCUCCCAGCAGCACAGAUAGUACUGGUUGGCCAUUAUUAACUGCCAGGGAGGUGGAGAUGUUGUCAAAGCACCCACCCCAGGACACAGCCUCUGACCUUUCACCUUCCAAAAACCGUGUGUGUAGUAGCACUGCAGUAAGGCGGUCUCUCAAAUUACAUCCAUCAAGUAUCAGUUCCUCUCCAUUUCCCAAUCCUUUCCCUGUGCCCAGCAGAGCUCAUAGAACUGUAACCUCUGCCCCCUGGGCACCUGGUAGCUGGGCUUUCUCGCCUCUUAUUGGACACGGGACUUCAGACUCAAACACUUGUGCAUCCUUGCAGAUGCGUUUUACUUUCGACAGUGCCACCUGCAGGAUGUCGGUUGGCUCGGAGCCUCUUUGGCUGUCGGAUUUGGACCACUGGAAUGCAGAUUCUCAAGGAUUUAUUGAUACCCAUUGUCACCUUGAUAUGCUCUAUGCAAAGUUGGGUUUCCAGGGAACUUUCCAAAGAUUUCAAAGCGAGUAUGCAAGUAGUUUCCCGGUGGAGUUUAGGGGUUGCAUCGCAGACUUCUGCCACCCACGAAUAACCCAGAAAGAGGACAUUUGGGAGGGGCUACUCGGAGAGGAGCGAGUGUGGGGGGCUUUUGGCUGCCACCCCCAUUUUGCCAAGGAGUAUAACCACACUCAUGAGCAAAGCAUCAUGGGUGCAAUGCGUCAUCCUAAGGCCAUUGCGUUUGGAGAGAUUGGUCUGGAUUAUUCGCAUAAGAAUUCCACAGACACCUGGAAACAGAAAGAGGUGUUUGAACGGCAGUUGCAGUUGGCGGUCUCUCUUGGAAAGCCUCUAGUCAUACAUUGCCGUGAUGCUGACGAUGAUGUGCUGCAAAUUAUGAAGAAGUGUGUUCCCCGGGAUUACAAAAUACACAGACACUGUUUCACCAACAGCUACUCCGUGAUUGAGCCGUUCUUGAGUGAAUUCUCUAAUCUGUGCGUGGGUUUCACUGGACUGGUAACGUACCCUCGUGCUGUGGAGGCUCGAGAAGCUGUGAGGAAAAUCCCACUUGAAAGAAUCCUACUGGAGACAGAUGCACCAUAUUUUCUUCCCAGACAGGUGCCCAAGUCUGUAUGUAGGUUUGCUCACCCUGGUAUGGGCAUACACACGCUGCGUGAGAUCAGUCUGCUAAAGGGAGAGCUCCUAACCACAGUACUUGAAACAGUCCGACAGAACACCAAAUUUAUCUAUGGCCUGUAAUCAAAUAUCGUUUUACUGCCUGCUAGCAUUGCUAGAAUAGAUCUACUGGACCUGUUAACAUAGCAACUGUUGUCUUCAUCUUGUUCUGCUGUUGUCAACUUGUAGGUCUUCCAUCAGUGACAGUUUUUCCAACAGCAAAGUACAAAUCUGUAUGACUUGGAAUUUAUAUUUCAUUGUACAAUGGUACGUGUAUGUGAGUGUUAGAGCAUUGUGAUUUUCACUUUGCUGUGGUGAAAUAAUAUCUGUUUAAAAAAAUGUUAGUAAUGCUUUUAUUUUAACAUCUCUUCAGUUUGUUUUAAAAUGGUUCUUUCUGUUCUUAGAAUUCUUUUUUCAUGUGUCUGCAUAAAUGCUUGCAAGUUUUGUAUGCUUAAGUCAUAAGUGACAUAAAAUGCCAUCUUAUGUCUUCUGUUACAUUUAAAAUUAUUCAAAGUAAUUCUCCUCUGUACUAUUACGAGAAAGUGUAAGUGAAAAAAAUUGUGAAACACAUUGUGAAAAGCCACAACAAAUAGCUUUUAUCAAGUUGUUGGUUUUAUAUAAAUGUAAAUUCCCCAGAGCUGACAGAGUGAAUA